GGAUGAAGACGGUACCUUGGUCAGUGUUGUGUAUCUCAGUGUGUCGCCGCUGGCCCUGGUGUGAGGAGCUUGUUCUUUGUGCUACAAGAUGCGGUUACUCAUUGUGUGUGUGGCAGUUGCGUCAGCGGUAGCGUUCGAGCUUCGUGACAGACGUGAUGUGUGUGAUAAUGUAGACUGCCGAGCUGGUCGUGAAUGUGUAGUGAGCCAAGGUGUUGCCCACUGCCAAUGUGUACAGUCAUGUCCUGAACGAUACGCCCCCGUCUGUGGCUCUGAUGGAACCUCCUAUGAUAACCACUGUCUCCUCCACCGCCACGCCUGUCUUUCUGGGGAACACAUUAAAGUUACCAACAAAGGUUUCUGCAAGACGGUCAAACAAGUGAAAAAGAAACCAGAGAAAAAGGAGGAUAUAGCCGUAUGCUACAGCACCCAACGUGAUGCUCUUCUGCUAGUGGUGGGAAAGCACUGGCAGGCAACCUUAGCUGACCAGCCCUGGCAUGUAUCUGGUAUGACAUACAGAGAGAGUCUUUGGGGUCGCUUUUUCACAUGUGAUGCAGAUAAAGACAAUUAUCUCAACUCAGACGAGUUGCUUAAUUGUACCCUUGGUGCUUUCUUCAUGGCUCGUCCUGAACAGGAUGAAGAACUUACGAGAGCAUUGUGUGUAGAUGCCAUUGUAGAUGUAGCAGACACUAAUCGUGACUGGAGACUUGAUUUUGAAGAAUUUACAACAAUGCUCAGCCCAGAUUUCCGCCCUGCUCAUAAAUUAUGUUCACUAGACGGAAAGAAGUACAAUGAUGGAGAGGACGUACACGUUGAUGGCAACCACUGCAUUUGUGCAGUGGGCAGCUGGGUUUGUACAUCUCCCGAUACUACAUCCAAGGACACCAACAAAAAAAAAUUUGGCCUGCAGGACUUCAGUGACACUGAUGAUGACUACAAUGACCUAGAUGAUGAUGAUUAUGAUCUCUCUAGUGAAAACAAUGAAGAUUAUGUGAUUGAUGAGGAUGAAGAUGAAGAAUACCUAGAGGAACUCUUUGAUGACUUACUAGAUAAGUUAAGGAAGCACCGUAAGCAACAGCAGCACCACAAUCGCCUCUAAGAUGAAGCAAAAUUGAGAGAGAUGUGUUUGUUGCAGUCAUUUAUGCUUAUACUCACCUAGUACUACAAACCUGUGCUUAUAGCCAGGUGACAUUCUAAUAACCAUACUGUAAUACCUAUCUAAAUAGGAUAGAUCUUAUUGUUCAUACUUUAUAUAUUUUGUUUAACAGUUAUUGUAUUUAAACAUUCAUCGAAAUGCAUGAAAAAUGUUUUCUUUUCAUGCUGUCUUCAUCUCACAAGGAUUCAUGAAGAAAACUGCUCCUUAAUCCAUUAACAAAACAGUUACUGCUUUCUUUGAUUAUACUGUAAUAAAACACUUAGUUAUCUGUGAAUAUAAUAAUACUAUGACUAUUUUAAAAUUGUAUUGGAACUCAGUCUGCACUCUGAAGGAGGGGGUGGAGAAGUUAGUCAGAAUGAUGUUGCUGUUAAAAAUGCUUCCUGACUAGCCAGUAGUAGUGUCUUGCCUUAAAAUUGUGAAGGUCUCUAUUCAGUGCAUGACAGUGUAGCUGUAGCCCAAGUUUUUUUUUUUUUUACACUUUCACACAUUGCCUUGCAGUGCUGAAUGACCUAUACAGAUUUAGCACUUUUUGUGAGAACAUUGUUUAAUAUUACAGAUAUUGUUAUAGUCUUAAAAUAUCAUAUUCUGUACUGUAUAUUGUGAACCAUUCAUUCACACUCCACUAUAUGACCCUUUUGGGUGUAGCGCUUAACCCAAUUAUAUUGCGUAUUAUUCAAACGCUGAUAUGCAUUAUUGUUAGUCAUUGGGGGAGUGCUAACUCCCAUGUGGUCUUAUACAUUGCAUCAGGUUCAAUAGAUGAAGGGGAGAGCAGCUUCAAUUCCUUUGAUCAAAAACUCCUCAGCAGCAUCAAGGAACCUUUGAGGGCUCUGAUGCACAGUACUCUUCCUUUCACCAGAUUUCUCUGUAUGCUAUUUAUUUGCUUAUAAAAAAAAAUUCUCAGAUUUGGUUUGACAAAUUUUGACCUGAAACCAUAAGCACUGAAUAUUUGUAUUUUUUUUUUUUUUUUACAAAUGCAAAUUGAAUUUUGGAAAUUUUUAUAAUGUAAUUUGCUCCAGAGCCUAUAUUUUAAUAAAAUUUCAAUACUAAG